UGGCGGAGGCGGCAGCAACGGUCACGGCACCUUGCAUGUGGCUGGGAAGGGAUUGCGGUCCCAAAGGUUUUUCCACCCAGAUUUUCCCACCCCGCAUCCUCCUUACAUACGCCCUCUCCUUGUCCUUUUGCUGGAACGCCCACGGGUGGACCGACAGGCGACAUCGCGGUCUGAGAUGAGGCUGUGACAGGUCUGAAAACACAAUGGCAGGAAAUAGCCUUGUUCUACCCAUCGUUCUUUGGGGUCGCAAAGCACCAACGCAUUGCAUUUCAACAGUACUUUUAACAGACGAUGGGGCCACAAUCGUAACAGGAUGCCAUGAUGGACAAAUAUGUCUCUGGGAUCUUUCAGUAGAAUUGGAAAUUAAUCCCCGAGCACUGUUGUUUGGUCAUACAGCUUCAAUCACUUGUUUGUCUAAAGCUUGUGCUUCCAGUGACAAACAGUAUAUUGUGAGUGCAUCUGAGAGUGGAGAGAUGUGUCUUUGGGAUGUGAAUGAUGGCAGAUGUAUUGAGUUUACAAAAUUAGCCUGCACACAUACUGGCAUACAGUUCUACCAGUUCUCUGUUGGAAAUCAGCGAGAAGGGAGGCUUUUAUGCCAUGGACAUUACCCUGAAAUCCUCGUUGUGGAUGCCACCAGCCUUGAGGUGCUAUACUCCUUAGUAUCAAAGAUAUCUCCAGACUGGAUUAGCUCCAUGAGUAUUAUUCGAUCCCACCGAACACAAGAGGACACCGUGGUGGCACUCUCAGUGACAGGCAUCCUGAAAGUGUGGAUUGUUACCUCUGAAACGAGUGGGAUGCAGGAUACUGAGCCAAUAUUUGAGGAGGAAUCCAAACCAAUCUAUUGUCAGAAUUGCCAAAGCAUCUCUUUUUGUGCAUUCACACAAAGGUCACUUUUAGUUGUGUGCUCCAAAUACUGGAGGGUAUUUGAUGCUGGAGACUAUUCGCUAUUGUGUUCAGGUCCUAGUGAAAAUGGGCAGACAUGGACUGGAGGUGACUUUGUAUCAGCAGAUAAAGUAAUCAUUUGGACUGAAAAUGGGCAAAGUUAUAUUUACAAACUGCCUGCCAGUUGCCUUCCAGCUAGUGAUUCAUUCCGCAGUGAUGUGGGGAAAGCAGUUGAAUAUUUAAUUCCUCCUGUACAACAUAGCCUCCUGGAUCGAACAGAUAAAGAGUUGCUAAUUUGUCCUCCUGUUACUCGGUUCUUCUAUGGCUAUAGGGAAUACGUCCAUAAACUAUUAAUUCAGGGUGAUUCUUCUGGACGAUUGAAUAUUUGGUACAUAUCAGACACACUUGAUAAACAAGAAGGGCUGGAAAUGACAACUUCUAUUAGUUUGCAAGAGGCAUUCGAUAAACUAAGUCCUUGCCCAGCUGGAAUUAUAGAUCAGCUGAGUGUAAUUCCCAAUAGUCGUGAACCUCUUAAAGUAACCGCAAGUGUGUACAUACCAGCACAUGGACGACUUGUUUGUGGCCGUGAAGAUGGAAGCAUAAUUAUUGUACCUGCCACCCAGACGGCCAUAGUACAGCUGCUGCAAGGGGAACACAUGCUCAGAAGAGGUUGGCCACCUCACAGAACACUUCGUGGUCAUCGGAACAAGGUUACAUGUUUGCUGUAUCCUCAUCAGGUCUCAGCACGUUAUGAUCAAAGAUACCUGAUAUCGGGAGGUGUGGAUUUUUCUGUCAUAAUUUGGGACAUAUUUUCUGGAGAAAUGAAACAUAUCUUCUGUGUGCAUGGUGGCGAGAUUACUCAACUUCUAGUUCCACCUGAAAACUGUAGUGCGAGAGUGCAGCACUGCAUCUGCUCUGUAGCCAGUGACCAUUCAGUAGGACUUCUAAGUUUGAGGGAGAAAAAAUGCAUUAUGCUGGCAUCUCGUCACCUUUUCCCUAUUCAAGUAAUCAAGUGGAGGCCUUCUGACGACUACCUAGUGGUGGGAUGUUCUGAUGGCUCUGUGUAUGUCUGGCAAAUGGAUACUGGUGCAUUGGAUCGUUGUGUAAUGGGGAUAACAGCAGUAGAGAUACUGAAUGCUUGUGAUGAAGCAGUUCCUGCUGCAGUUGAUUCACUUAGUCAUCCAGCAGUCAACCUAAAACAAGCUAUGACAAGACGUAGUCUUGCUGCUCUUAAAAAUAUGGCCCAUCAUAAGCUACAAACCCUUGCAACUAACCUCUUGGCUUCUGAGGCAUCUGACAAAGGGAAUUUACCUAAAUAUUCUCAUAACUCCCUGAUGGUUCAAGCAAUAAAGACAAACCUAACAGACCCGGACAUACAUGUGCUUUUCUUUGAUGUGGAAGCCUUGAUUAUUCAACUCCUGACUGAAGAAGUCUCUAGGCCGAAUACUGCGCUUAUUUCCCCAGAGAAUUUGCAAAAAGCAUCUAGCAGUUCAGACAAAGGGGGCUCUUUUCUAACUGGAAAACGAGCAGCAGUUCUCUUCCAACAAGUGAAAGAAACUAUCAAAGAGAACAUAAAGGAGCAUCUCCUUGAUGAUGAAGAGGAGGAUGAGGAGAUAAUGAGGCAGAGAAGGGAAGAAAGUGAUCCCGAAUAUCGGGCCAGCAAAUCCAAGCCACUGACUCUAUUAGAAUAUAAUUUAACUAUGGACACUGCAAAAUUGUUCAUGUCCUGCCUUCAUGCCUGGGGUUUGAAUGAAGUUCUGGAUGAAGUUUGUCUUGAUCGCCUUGGAAUGCUGAAACCUCAUUGCACAGUUUCAUUUGGUCUCUUAUCGAGAGGAGGUCAUAUGUCACUGAUGCUUCCUGGUUAUAAUCAGGCUGCUUGUAAACUGUCACAUGGGAAAGCAGAAGUAGGAAAGAAGCUGCCAGCUACUGAGGGAGUUGGAAAGGGAACUUACGGCGUGUCCCGAGCUGUCACCACACAGCAUCUCCUGUCUAUCAUAUCUUUGGCAAAUACCUUAAUGAGCAUGACCAAUGCGACUUUUAUUGGUGAUCAUAUGAAAAAGGGCUCUGCCAGGCCACCUAGACCAAGCACUCCAGAGCUUGCUAAGGCAAGGAGUUCCCCUCCAACUUCCAGUAAUAUUGUGCAAGGACAGAUAAAACAAGUUGCUGCACCUGUCGUUUCCUCUCGGUCUGAUGCUGAUCACUCUGGCUCUGACCCUGCUUCUACUCCUGCUUUACAUACCUGUUUCUUAGUAAAUGAAGGAUGGAGUCAGUUGGCUGCUAUGCACUGUGUUAUGCUGCCAGACCUGCUGGGAUUAGACAAAUUUAGGCCACCACUUCUAGAGAUGCUGGCUCGGAGAUGGCAAGAUCGAUGUUUGGAGGUAAGAGAAGCUGCACAGGCCCUGCUUCUAGCAGAGCUGAGAAGAAUUGAGCAGGCAGGACGGAAGGAGGCCAUCGAUGCCUGGGCUCCCUAUUUACCUCAGUACAUGGACCACGUCAUAUCACCUGGAGUCGCAGCAGAAGCCAUGCAGACCAUCACUACUGCUCCCGAAGCCUCAGGGACAGAAGCUAAAGUCCAGGAGGAAGAGCAUGACCUUGUCGAUGAUGACAUCACAACUGGUUGCCUGGCAAGUGUCCCACAAAUGAAAAAAAUUUCCACAUCUUAUGAGGAAAGACGGAAGCAAGCUACCGCUAUUGUUUUACUGGGAGUGAUAGGAGCUGAAUUUGGUGCUGAAAUUGAACCUCCUAAACUGUUGACCAGACCUCGAAGCUCUAGUCAGAUUCCUGAAGGAUUUGGUUUGACUAGUGGUGGAUCCAACUACUCACUGGCCAGACAUACUUGCAAGGCAUUGACAUUUCUUCUGCUACAGCCACCGAGUCCCAAACUUCCUCCACACAGCACUAUCCGCAGAACAGCUAUUGAUCUGAUUGGGCGAGGUUUCACAGUUUGGGAGCCUUACAUGGAUGUGUCUGCUGUUCUGAUGGGGCUUCUCGAACUUUGUGCUGAUGCUGAGAAACAGCUUGCCAACAUCACAAUGGGGCUGCCCCUAAGCCCUGCCGCUGACUCCGCCCGCUCAGCAAGGCAUGCCCUCUCCCUCAUUGCCACUGCCAGACCGCCCGCCUUCAUCACUACCAUCGCGAAAGAGGUUCAUAGACACACUGCCCUUGCAGCAAAUACCCAGUCACAGCAGAACAUGCACACGACAGCACUUGCACGAGCUAAAGGAGAAAUUCUGAGAGUCAUAGAAAUUCUUAUUGAAAAGAUGCCCACAGAUGUUGUGGAUCUUCUUGUGGAGGUUAUGGACAUCAUUAUGUACUGCCUUGAAGGAUCCUUAGUUAAAAAGAAAGGUCUUCAAGAAUGUUUCCCAGCCAUCUGCAGAUUCUACAUGGUCAGCUAUUAUGAACGGAAUCACAGAAUAGCAGUUGGAGCUCGCCAUGGUUCAGUAGCCCUGUACGACAUCCGGACUGGAAAAUGUCAGACAAUCCAUGGGCACAAGGGACCAAUCACUGCAGUGGCCUUUGCUCCUGAUGGACGGUAUCUUGCCACCUAUUCAAACACCGACAGCCACAUUUCUUUCUGGCAGAUGAACACCUCACUCUUGGGAAGCAUCGGCAUGCUGAAUUCCGCCCCUCAGCUGCGCUGCAUUAAAACCUACCAGGUGCCCCCGGUGCAGCCCGCCUCCCCCGGCUCCCACAACGCCCUCAGGCUGGCCCGGCUCAUCUGGACUUCCAACCGCAACGUCAUCCUGAUGGCCCACGACGGGAAGGAGCACCGCUUCAUGGUGUAACGCCAGCGGCUGCGGCUGUGACUGCCUUUUAGUUGUUUAAAUUCUCUAAGCUGAUAUCCCUCUGCCCUGACUCACACCGGACCACUCCGCAGUGCCUGCCCACACCAGUGUCGUCCCGGGGCUCGGCCGGGCCGCCCCCUCCCGCCUGCUCCCCGGGGCAGGCGCCUGCUCGCGCCCCGAUGGCAUCCGCGGCAUGCACCCCCCGCUCCGCAGACCGCGGCCAUUCUCGCCCUCGGCGGCUCUUCCCUGCCCGGCGGGGAGGGGCGAGGCGGCGGCUCCCGGCCCCACUUGUUGCUUGGUGCAGCCGCGGCCCCAAAAUCAAUCAACACUGUGAUUGCGCUCCCAGGCCAGGUCAGCAUUUUCAGGGAUACAGACCCCACCGCUGAAGUGCUGCUUGAAUCUGGGCGUUGUGACAUUGGGGUUUCGAGGUAAUGUGGCAGUCCUAAUUAUUGAAAUCAUUUUCCUUUGGGUUUCCAAAAACAUACCGUUUACCAAAAAGAUUCUGUGUUUACAUGUUUUUUCUUCCAGCAAUUGGUAGAAAAUUACUCAAUCCAGUUUCCGAAGGUUUAGCCACUACCUUCUUUAUUAAUGCCUGAUUUGAGAUUAAUAAGAAAGUAUUCAAAGAAAGAUAUUUUCUUGUAGAGAAUACAGUUUCCCAAUCACCUACCCUUCUAAAGUGGUCAUAUCCUGCUUGACUGAUAGUGUAUUUAGUAGUUUAAAAUAAAAAUCAUCACAACUUAUGAUCUAGAGAACAUAAUUAUCCAAUCAGUAUAACUAAUCUCUUAAAGGGGCUUUUAUGAUCAAGAACCACGUUUGGAAGCAUAGCAUAGACCUGAAAAGAACACUCUAGUGUCUAUUGCUGCUGAUCUUCUUGUGGAAGAAAGAGCUUACUCUCAACCUCCAGAAACUACAAAUCUGCAAUUCCCAUAUGUGUGACAUAUGUUGGUUAUCAUGUAAUAAUUACUAUUCAGCCUUCCAACUACUACCGAUCCAUUAAAAGAAAACUCAGAAGCCAUUUCUUUUAAACACGUAUCCAAGAAAAUUAGUAAAUAUGGCACAAGCAUUCAAAAAAUAUAUAUAAAAUAUAAGGGUGCUCGAUCAAUUUAUUUGAGCAGAUGUUGCAAUGAAGGUCUUCAUCAUGCUUCAAAGUAAGCUUUAACUUGGUCACUUUUUUCUCCUUGUGUCAAAUGAUGCUGGUUCUUGCUCAUAGUUAUGGGGGAAAACACACAAUAUUUUGUGUGAAUUGUUCCUGACAGACCUCAAUCUGUAUAUAGCUGGGGGAUUUUGUUGUUUGGUUGUUGCUGACUGGUUGGUUAAUUGGGCAAAAUGCUUUAUUAAAUUUGAAAAUAGAAAAAUGGUUUAGUAAAUUCAGAGAAAAUAUGCAAAGUUUGCAAAGGAACCAAAAUGAUAAUGGAGCAUUUAAUUUAAAAAGCAUAGAAUGUCAGAUUAUAUAUUAUAUACAAAAAAGUAGGAUCACAGUCCAGGAACAAAAUAUCUGUUUUAUUGAAGCAGAAUUUUAAAGAACAUAUUAAGAAAUUAAGACCAUUAGAACGUAUCUUUCAUAUUGAUGUGAAGUGUGUUCUUUCCAUUGGUGGCAAAUCCGUACUAUUCCUUGGUUUUAGACUGUGGGUGUUCUUUCAAAAGUGAAUUUAUGCCACAUGCAUGUACAUUGUAUUUAUAAAGAUUAUAUAUGUAGUUUCCAAGGGAAAAGCAAAGAACUCCACAGUGUAAACUUGGUUUGGCGAACAUGCUGUCAUGUUGGGUAUGGAUAGACAAACGUGAGGUAGACCAGAAGGUGUACUUCAUUUCUCCAGUGGGUUCCCUGAGUCUUCUCUAUAACCCAGCACGUGUUUACUUUAUGAAGUAAGUGGGAAUUAAUUUAUUCUAGACUACAAAGCUAUUGUGGAAUGAUGAGGUAGAAGUGUACCUUAUAGACUUUUUUUUAAAGAAAACAUCCAAUGCAUCAGGAAAAACGAGAGGGACAGGGAGGCAGGCCACCACAAAUGGACAUACAGCACACCCCGUGGAGAUUUAGAACAAAACUGUGAGGGCCAGAGGAGCAGAAUACUCAGACAGUGGAUGUGGGCCAGCCUUUCACACAUUCUGUCUGCCAAGCAGUCAAGGUUAUUGGCCAGUAGAACAUUAUGGUGGUAAAACUCUCUGGGGAGAUGACAGUUGAUAAUUAGAUGGCCCACUCUCACUGCUGAACUAAUAUUUGCAUUCUUGUUAACAUACAUCUCUCCUUGGCUGUUUUGAUAACCACGGUCCCAAACUUAUCACAGCUUAGAUUUCUCAGCACUGAGGUAAACUUUGUAUCGUCAUCCCAGUGUAUGCUUUUAGUGUUUUAUUGAUUUUGUUGGCACUGUUUUUGGACUCGUCCUUGUAAAUGUAGAGACAUAUGUGGCUUCAUUGGUAAUUUACAAGCAAAAGAUGACAUGACAAGACACCUGUAUGAAAACAUAAUGAUUGAAGUCACUGUGUACAGCGAGUGAAUUAAAAUGUCUGCCUCUCAAGGCAUUUCUUGAUGAUUCCACUUAAUAGGUUCUAUAUGUAUUAAAUGUUCCUAUGUACAUAUGUAUGUUAAAUAAAACGGAAUUGUACUGAA